GACAGGGAAUAGUGAGUGAUCCAGAAGCUUCCGCACCAUGAGUGUCUCUGCACUGAGCCUCACCAGACUCUUGGGUGGCAACUCUGGGUUCCUCCAGCUGGCCUCCCUGCUUGGCCUGCUUCUGCUGCUCUUCAAGGCUGUCCAGUUCCUCCUGCACAGGCAGUGGCUGCUCAAAGCCUUCCAGCAGUUUCCAUCCCCACCUUCCCACUGGCUCUUUGGGCACAAGAUCCCAAAGGACCAGGAGCUGAAACACACUCUGACAUGGGUAGGUGAAUUCCCGAGUGCGUGCCCACAGUGGCUCUGGGGCAGCAAAGUUCGUUUCCUUGUCUAUGACCCUGACUACCUGAAGGUGAUUCUGGGGAGAUCAGAUCCGAAAGCUCAUACUAUCUAUAGACUUGUGGCUCCCUGGAUUGGGUACGGUUUGCUCCUGUUGAAUGGGCAGAGGUGGUUUCAGCACCGCCGGAUGUUGACCCCAGCCUUCCACUACGACAUCCUGAAGCCCUACGUGGGAAUCAUGGCUGACUCUGUCAGAGUGAUGCUGGACAAAUGGGAGCAGCUCAUUGGGCAGGACUCCCUUCUGGAGAUUUUUCAGCAUGUCUCCCUGAUGACCCUGGACACCAUCAUGAAGUGUGCCUUCAGCUACCAGGGCAGUGUCCAGUUGGACAGGAAUUCCCAAUCCUACAUCAAGGCUGUUGGAGAUCUGAACUACUUCAUUUUUUCUCGUGUGAGGAAUGUCUUUCACCAGAAUGACACCUUCUACAGACUGACCUCUGAUGGCCGCUUGUUCCACCAGGCCUGCCAGCUUGCUCAUGAGCACACAGAUAAAGUGAUCAGGCAGAGAAAGGCUCAGCUGCAGGAUGAGGGAGAGCUGGAGAAGGUCAGGAGGAAGAGGCGCUUGGAUUUCCUGGACAUCCUCCUGUUUGCCAAAAUGGAGAAUGGAAGCAGCCUGUCUGAUGAGGACCUGCGUGCAGAGGUGGACACCUUCAUGUUUGAGGGCCAUGACACCACGGCCAGUGGUAUCUCCUGGAUCUUCUAUGCUCUGGCCACACACCCUGAGCAUCAGCAGAAGUGCAGGGAGGAGGUCCAGAGCCUCCUGGGGGAUGGAGCCUCCAUUACCUGGGACCACCUGGACCAGAUGCCCUACACUACCAUGUGCAUCAAGGAAGCCCUGAGGCUCUAUCCACCAGUACCAAAUGUGAGCAGAGAUCUUGGCAAACCUAUCACUUUUCCUGACGGACGCUCCUUACCCAAAGGUAUCAUGGUCACACUCUUCAUUUAUGGCCUUCACCACAACCCGAAGGUGUGGCCAAACCCAGAGGUGUUUGAUCCUUCUCGGUUUGCACCUGGUUCUUCUCGACACAGCCACUCCUUCCUGCCCUUCUCAGGAGGAUCAAGGAACUGCAUUGGGAAGCAAUUUGCCAUGAAUGAGCUGAAAGUGGCCGUGGCCCUGACCCUACCGUUUGAGCUACUGGCGGAUCCCACCAGGGUGCCUGUCCCCAUGGUACUCCCUGUGUUGAAGUCCAAGAAUGGAAUCCACCUGCAUCUCAAGAAGAUCCAAUAAUUCUGGUGGGGGGAAGGACAUUUCUGCAGGCCAGCUAUUUGACAUCUUGUGUUUGUGUCACCUGUUCCUGUACAUCACCUUUUGCCCACAUCCUGCUUUCUAUCUUUUCACUUGCCCUUCUUCCCACCUGCCUGCUCUCCUGCCUCCUGGCCUCCUGUCUGUUGGCCUCCGUUUCUCAUCUUGCUCCAGGCUCCCUACCUGCCUCUCUUUCCAUCUCUACCCUCCGG